CUGCGGAAGAGCUCUUCAGGUUACACCUCGUCAUGUCUACUUCACACUAUUAUGAGCUUUAUCGGCGUAGCAGCAUUGGAAUGGCAUUGACCGAUUCCUUGGACGAGCUCAUUCAAAGCGGUCACAUCAACCCUCAACUAGCAAUGAAGGUGUUGGUUACAUUUGACAAGAGUAUAACAGAAGCGCUUACCAGUAAGGUCAAAAGCAAAGCUGUUUUCAAGGGUCACUUGGACACAUACCGAUUUUGCGACGAUGUAUGGACAUUUGUUGUGGACUCCAUGAAUGCCAAAUUAGAAACAGAAACUAUUACAACGGAAAGAGUAAAGAUUGUGGCAUGUAACGCUAAGAAGCCUGGAGAACAGUGAUUUGAUCACCCUACUCAACAACAUCCCUUCCUACAUCGUUACCAAUAUCGUUUUUCCCUCACCUUUUGAAAAUAAAUUCGUUUGCUUUACUUGUUACAUUUGAUA